UGAGACGCUGCAGAUCUUGAUAGAUCAGGGCUAGGUGCUAAUUGGCGGUAAAUACAGAGGCGGAGAGAACCUUUAAACGUAGCUAAUUAUCAACCUUUAAAAAUAAAUUCUUGAGAGGGUUUAGUAGUUGUGUUCAGUUCUUGAACAAUGGCAGCACUUUUAAGUUUUGGGGUUUUGUGGUACUUCGUGUCGUUAGUUGUUUUUGUGCUGCCUAUUCUUUGGCACAAAGUCAACAAGCCGUCCAAUGGCCUGGGCAACAAUCUUCUUUGAGUUUUGAGGUGAAACAGCCAGCACCUCAGGCAGAUCCCCUUCAGAAGUGCAAUGUGGAUGACUAUGAGGUGGUGCAGUGUGGAGAGCCUGGCAUUUCUCCUGCAAACUGUAAUGCUAUAAACUGCUGUUUUGAUAGACAGCAGUGCUAUUAUGGCAAAGCAGAUGGACUGUGACUUUCUUGUCUAUGAAAACCAAAUGACUUCUACCUAUGAAGUAGGUAUUGGACCUCUAGACUCCAUCACAAGGGACAGACAUUAUGAUUGUCCCUACCAGGAUGAUUGUUACCUGACCACUUUGAUCCCUGUGGAUUGGUCUUCAGGCCUGCAGUUUCCAACCCACUACAAACGGUCUUCAUUCAUUGCAGUACAUCAGUUUGCUCCCCGACUGCAGACUCUUGUGUUCAGAGUUGCAACAGGAAUAGGAGAGCUGCUGGGACACUAGAAGCAGAUGCUACCCGUGCAGUUGUCUCCAGUGGAGAAAUUAUCCUUAGUUUCUAAGUUUUCUGACUCCUCUUGCAAUAAACUCUUCUAGAUUUUGAAA